CCUGCCUCAUCCCGCAUUUCUUCCAGGCACCCUCCACUCCACACCCAUGGCCUGCAACACCCUCUGCCAGCCCUGCGGACCCACCCCACUGGCCAACAGCUGCAACGAGCCCUGUGCCCUGCAGUGCCAGGAUUCCCGCGUCAUCAUCAACCCUUCCCCUGUUGAGCUCAGUGCCCAGGGACAGCCCAUCUCUGGUGGCUUUGGUGGCUUUGGCUACGGCCUUGGCUACGGCCGUGGGUUUGGCUACGGGCUGGGAGGCCUGGGCUGCUAUGGCAGGAGGGGUGGCUACAUCUGCUGA